AAACAACAAACGGUCACACUAAGUAGAAUUGUUGAACUGUUAACAAAAUCACGCUCCUGAAAUUACUCAUGUUUUGGACGAGACGAAAAGUUUUAUUAAUUUAAUGUUUUUGUAUAUUGUAUUCUGUCCAUGAGCGUAUCAGAGUCAGACAGAAAGAAAGGGAGAGAGACAUACUGAGAUACAGGGCCCGCAGGCAGAGAGACAGAGAGGGCGAGAGCGAGCUAAAGCGGGUGCGAGCAAGACAGCGCGCGCUCGCCGCACGCACACAUAUAUAUAGUAUCAGAAAAAACCAAGUCGAAAAAGGUCGCUAUUCGAUUUUGCGAAAAUUUCAACGAUUUUUUCAUACCUAUAUAUGUACACAAAGAACCGCUGCGUCAUCAAAUACGUAUAUAUCAGAUGUAUGUCAAUAUAUGUAUGGCCACUACUAUAUGUCAUAUAAGCCAGUAUAUAUAUCUUUAUUCACCUACUGUACCACUUCCACAUUAUGUAAGCAGCGACGCCAAAAAAACACAAAAACAGGAAAAACGAAAAGCAAAAAGCAAAACAACGAACCAAAAAAAUCGUACCUAUAAACCGAAAACCGAACAGCAAUGUUAUAAACAAAUACCGAAAAGUUGUAAAUGUUCCAUAUAAAAAAAGAAAACAGAAAUCGCACGUAAAAUCACGCUAAAAAGAAAGUAAGAUCGAAAAAAAACGAAAUGUUUGAUUGUUUGGCAUAGUUCCGAAAUAUCUGUAUGUACUCCACUGUAUAUGUACUUAUGUAUGUCUGUAUGUAUACAUAUGUAUGUUCCUCUGCGGCCACGCCCCCCUCGCAUCGUGCGUGAGAAAGGGACAGGUGGCGCGAGUUAUUGGAAGCAUUCAUACAUACAUUUGUUUUUGGAACGCCAGCAAAAAGAAAAACAAAUAUGCGUGGUUUUUCGUUCACUGUAUGUAUGUACAUAAAUGCAAACUGCGCAGCUGUUUAGCACACUCAUACACACGACUGUCAUUAAUAGUCGCACUUAAACAAAUUCUUACAUCAAACUAAAAAAACUAAAAGUGUAAACAUUAAACAUUUCUUUUUUUCGAGCACACACUCAAAAAACACAAUAAUUAACUAACAAAGACAUUAUCUUCUUCCAAAACAUACGCGAGUACAUUCAAACUGGAACAUUGCCUUGUUUUUCUGCAAAAAGAGCAUCGUUUUUCGCGGGUUCGCCACUAGCUUUAUCGCCAUUGAGAUCUAAGCUAUAAAUACGAAAAUGUCAUCUAUUUUGGCGGAUGCGCCGGUGAUUGAUUUAGCGGAGGACUUAGAGGAUGGCGAGAUCGACGACGAUGACGAGGAGGAGGAAGCGCAGCCGCCACCGAAGAUCAAAGUCCAAAAGAAGGUUUCCUCAGUGGAUGAUGAUGUCCAAUUUGUGGGCAUCGAGGUGAAGAACAAAAUCAGCGAAGAGGAUGUCGUUUUUCUGGGAUUAUCGGCCGAUUCUAGCGGCGUACACAAUAACAAUAGCAGCAAGUCUAAGAAGCCCAGACCAUUGGAAGAUGAUCACGCCAGCAGCAUUGAAAAUGCUAUAGCCAAUGCCUUAAAGAAGAAGGGCAUAGAACCGCCAAUGCCCAGAAUGCGUUCGUCAAACCAAGGCGAUAUGGGCGAUGUAUCUUUGGAGGGAUCCGGGGAGGGUUUAUCCGGCGGCGGAAAUCACCUCCAGCAACCAAGUCGCAGCAGCAGGAGAAGGAAGAGGAAAAAAGAACGCGAGCGUGAGCAAAAGAAGGACAAGGAACACCAGAAACGGUCACGCCGUGAAGAGGAUGACGUGUCCGGUGUGGCGGGCGGUGCCGGUAGUGAGGACAUGGACGAGUAUGAGAUGAUGAACGUACGCGGCGGCAGUCCGCCGCCCGGAGGAGUAGCACCAGCCUCAUCUGGAGGUAGUGGUGCUCAACGAUUCAGCGGUCCCGACUGGGAUAUGGGCGAUGGGCCAGCGGCAGGCGGAGGAGCAGGCGCUGGUGGAGGAGGAGGAGGCUAUGAUUCGCAGCAGGAUCCUUACAGCAGCUACGAUUCCUAUUCCGAGGAGGAGGCGGCAUCUGGCCCGGGCUUGAUGAAUCAGCGGCGUCGAAUGCGAAGAGAUAGAGAGAAGGAUACGCAAAGGGGUAGCAACAAACGCAAGCGAAGGGAUCGCGAACGCCAUGAGGCCGUUGGAGUUGGAGCAGGGCCCAAGCGAAAUCGUCGAGAUUCCGGGGAAGGAGGUGGCGGUGGUCAGGAUAAGAUGGGCGGCUGCGGUCGUGUCGAGCCCCGCAAACUGGAGCUAUGCAAGUUCUAUCUAAUGGAUUGCUGCGCCAAGCGGGACAAGUGCUCAUACAUGCACAAGGAGUUCCCCUGCAAGUACUAUUACCUGGGCAUGGAUUGCUAUGCCGGCGACGAUUGCCUUUUUCAUCACGGCGAACCUCUAUCCGAACAGCUGCGCAACAUCCUGCUCAAACACAUGGAGACGGCACCGAAAGAAAUUCUCGGCGAUUUCAAGCGAAUAUCGAGGGACAUUGCUCUGGGGCAGAUGACUCGACGACACGAGCAGUUGUGCGAGCAAUUUAAGCGGGAGAAUACCUGGAGCAGCAUGAUGGGCAGUGGGGGAAUGGGCAGGCGACAGGAUCAGCAGCAGCACAUGCAGAUGCAACAGCAGCAGCAACAAAUGCAGCAGCAACAAAUGCAGCAGCAACAGGAACAGCAACAGCUCCAACUGCAACAACAGGGGGCUGCUGAGGCCGGUGGCUGCAUUCCCUCCCUUUUAGACAUGGUCAUCAAUCCACCGCAUCCAGAGAAGAAACGCAAGUCCCGCUGGGCUGAUAAAACGGCAGCCAAGGCGGCAGCUGGAGCAGCAGCUGCAUCAGAAACGGGGAACACAUCUUCGGCUGUCAAAUCAUUGCCACCACAUUUGGACUUGGCCAAUCUCACCAGCGUUUUGAGUCCCGAAAACAUGGCCAAGCUGAAUAAACUGGGCAUCACGAACCUGGAGCAAAUGCUGCAAGUGCCCUUUGGCCAGUUAACUGAGGCGGGCUUAACGCUGGUCGAGAUUGGGGAGAUUCAGCGCAAGGCCGAAGAGGCCAAGCCACAAACCCAAACGGAAACGCCGAUCAGCACUCCCAUUGCGAAGCCGGAAACGGAGGCCAACAACAGCAAUUCCAACAGCAAUGGUUUCAUUAUGGUGGACUAUACACAGUAUCUCAAGGAUGCACAUGUCAGCUUUUCGGGCAACGAUCCGCUGGACGACGAUCGCGAUGAUGAAGAGCAACUGGUCAUAGACGAUGGCAACGAGUCCACCGCCGAAGAGGAGCAGCAACCAAAGCCGGCGAAGGCGCCGACGGCCGCUCGACAGGAUUCCGCCACCGAGGAGGCGCCCUUGCCCUCAGUUUUCGAUUUGCCCAGCUUCAUGAGCAACAUGCUGGGCCAGGCAGCCUCGACAAGCCAACUGCUGCCAGCCAGUGCCACGUCGCCCAAUCAGGAGAUGACGCCAUUGGCUGGAGAUGAUCAAUCAGGACUAAGACCCGUGCCCAGCGGCGGGAACUCCUCCACCAAUGUGUUCAGCCGCAUUCUGUUCGGUGACAAGCAAUCGGAUCCCGAGGCUAGAGCGGCGUUCUACCGCGACAUCAUACGCAAUCCCUUCAAGGCUCACAGCGGCGAUGGCGAUGUGGACUCCAGUAAUGAGAACUCCAAUUCGAAUUCGCGUUCGCUGACGCCGACUCCCACUCCGGAGCCGGGGUCCCAGUCGCCCAAGCAGGAGGAUCACGACCUUGAGAUGCCGGAAUUGCCUGCCAUUACGGAAGCGUUGCCGCCAACGACGCCCUCGCUCUAUGUGCGCCCUUCAAUGUAUGAUUUCGAUCCCUCCAAGCCGGAGCAACAGCACCAGCGUAGGGAGCCCGCCCUGGAGGAGGAGGAGCUGCGCCAGCGUGAUACAGAUAUGCGCCUCCCGUUCGAACCGAUGAUACACUACAUGCCCGCCACCGAGAUAGAUGCGGCGAUCUUCUCGCACACUCCGCUCCGCUGGCAGCUGCAGAUGGUGUUCGUGGAGAAGACCAGCUAUGCCCAGAUCAGAGCCAGCGCUCUGCACAAGGGGCAGCGGGAUCUGCGGGAUCCGCGCAUCCGUCGUAUUUUGGGCUUACCCGAUAUACCCGAUAAUGGCGGACCCUUGGGCUCGGUAGCUCCUGCGGGGGCUAGCUCCUUGUCGAGUGACUCCUUUGGUCGUUCCGGAGCGAGUAUAGCCUCGCCAGAAUCGGAGUGCAGUGUACGCGAUGCCACGCCCAGUUCACCGCCCCCGGCUUUGGCCAAUUUGCCCUCGAUGAGUGUGCCACCGCCAUCGAUGAGUGUACCGCCUCCGAAUCUACAGCUGGAAAAGCCCGCGGUGCGAACAGAUCCACGUCGCGAUCCCAGGAGAGCCCAUCUUCAGGCUCAAACUCAAGCUGCGAGUACGGCGAAUCCCACUCCAUCCACUACAACCAAUGCCACUGGUGGCAGCAAACAAAUCUCCGAAAUCCGCAGCCUGAUGCAGAGUUCCAACUGGUACAAGAAUCUGGGCAGCAAUAAUAAGAUCAUGGUGAAUCAACAGCUCGCCUUGGUGUUUACCGAACUUAAGAAGUUUCAUCAGCUGCCCGAGGAUGCACCAAAGAUUUUUGAUGUCAGCUUUAUAGUGAACAACCCCACGUUGCAGCAAAUCUUUGCCAAGCUCUUCAUUUUUGUGGAUGACAAUGGACAGGUGGUGCAGAUGCCCGAGGAGAAUACCGGUGGUGGAGCAGGAGCACCAGGAGCAGGAGCAGCAGGAGGUGGUGUGGUACUGCCCAAUCUAUCGCAGCCGCCACCAAUUUUGGCACAAAUGCUAAGGGUACCGCCGCCAAAUAUACGGAUGCUGCGCAUGUCCGGAAUGAUGAUGCAAAUGGGCAAUCUGGGACCGCCUUUCAAUCAGCCACCUCCGCGAGCUGGAUUGCUGGGAAUGCUGCCAGGCAGCAAUGGAGGAAACCAAGGAGGAGUAAACCAGGGAGGAGGAGGACCAGUGCCCAAUGGCAAUCCCUUCAAUCCGUUUGCGGGCGGAGCAGGCAACAAUGGAGGAGGAGGCUGCGGCAUGGGCAACAUGAAUCCCAUGGGCAACAUGGGCAACAUGGGUAACAUGGGUAACAUGGGCAACAUGGGCAUGCCUUUCAACAACUUUAACAAUGGGAACAAUAACAACAACGGGGGAGGCAGAGGUGGAAAUUUUCCGGCCGGAGGACCAGGUGGAAACGGCAAUGGAAGCAAUCGCAAUCAGCGAGGCGGCAAUCAGCGGAAUCGCAACAUCUAAAAGCGAGUGUCCAGGAAAACCCAACCAACAUAAAAGACUUCUUAUGCCAAAAUGAUGUCCAUAUUAUGCCCCAUGACCCUUUCACCCCACCCCCUAUUAAACCCCACAAAGAACUGGGUUUUCCCCCCUUUUCUAGAAAAUCCGGGCUUCGACUGCUUUGUACAUUGUAUUCUAUUACUUAAAUCCCCAUCAUUGUCCCUAUUUUUUUUGGCUAGGUGUAAGGAAGACCCUUAUAGCACUACUACGUAUUGAUAAAUGUAGUUUAAACGGAGUAAAAAACAAAGUAACUUAAACAAGAAAAAAAAACAGAGGAACAGGAUCAGAAAGUGAAGUAGAAAUGGUAUGCGACCCUUUUUACCGAACAUUUUUAGUAAUGUAGGAUAAUUUGUUUAUUUGUACAUGUACUUGAUUAACUAGACAUACAAACUACAAAUAAAUGACCUGUUUUAAGUAA